UCGUUCUGGCCCGCAGUAGUCUCUCUCUCUCUCUCUCUCUCUCUCUAUCUCUCUAUCUAUCUCUAUCUCACUCUCUUUGUCACAGUCUCUCUCUCUCUCUCUCUCUCUCUCUCUCUCUCUCUGGUGAGGGGGUCACGUCGCUGCAAGGGCUUCUCAUAAAUGUAUGUGAUGUGUCAUGCAAUAGAUGGAGCCUGCGAUUCAAUCGAAUGUCAACGGCGUGGAGACAUGCGCGAUGGAGACCCAGGACAUUGUCAAGGGUAUCGCAGUUGUCAGCAACGAAGGGAUAUCGGCCGGAGCAAACACCACAGACUGUGCAGUGGUCCUUGCGGCAAUUUGUGAGCAGACUGUAGACAUGAUGACGGAUGGUGAGGCCAGUGAGAAUGAUGCAGGGUGUGUUGUUGCAGACGAGAAUGUGGUCAGGACAGUGCUGAGGUUGAACGAUGAGGUGAGCGCUGACGACAAAUCGCGGCAUGUGUUGAAACUGUGGCAUGUUCUGGACGCGAAGGGCGAGUUGAGGCUCAAUGAUUUUGAGUACGAUAGUGUUGACUGCGGAGAGUCAUGGGUGAUUGUCGGGUUGGACACUGCAGCGAGUUCGGUUUGCCCACAAACUGAUGCCAGGAGGGAUCCACGGUGGGGUUGGGUGCCACAUGACGCCCCGCUUCUUUGUGGUCGUGUGAAGAUGCCGAUGCGUGAUGCCAUGGGGAAUGUAUGGACCACGUGUUAUAUAAACGGCAGCUUCUCAUCUAGGCACCUGAACAGGGAGGUGACUGAAGAGGAGAAGAUGGCGAUGGCUUGUCCCACCCCUGCUGCUCGUUGUUUUUCGCCGCCUCUUCGGAACCCUGUGGAGCUCGAGGUGGCAGAGGGGAAAGUGUUCGCGGGUGACCAUGGGUACACAUACUCGCAUGCCAGAGGGAAGGACGCUACUGCUGAUGGAAUAACCGCGCUGGUAUGGGACCCAUUCAACCUGAACCCUGACGUUCUGGCUGCCAUAGACAUUGCGGCCCAUGUCAUCCCUGAGGGGCAGUUGCAGCAGCAUGUGGCCCCUCAUAAGUAUGGAUAUCGUGUGAAUUGGAUCCCAGGAUGUCUGCAGCCGACAACAGUUGAUGGCAAGGUGACCAUGGCAGCGAAACUACAGACAGGCCAUUGGCUGCCCUUGGGGUGGAUGCAUGCAGGCAUGGUGGAGCAGUGGCAGUUCCUGGUGGUAGUGGCACGUGUCUCCAUUUUCAAUGCAGAUGUGAAGGACCGUGUGCUGGUAGUAGAGCAUGCAAAGCGGUGCUGGGAGAAGAUAAGGGAGGAGGACCGUCAGAUGGUGUGCAUGGGUUACGAGUCCAUGCCAGACCAGGGGAUGUGGUCCAUGGUUGAGGGGAGUCCUGGUGGGCAAGGGCAGGGCGAUGGCGAGAACAGGUACAUGGCUCACAUCCGCCGCAGGCAUGGUUGCUCCGCCCUUGUUGGUUGGGUCCCGGCCGUAUGUUGCAUGACAUACGAGCAAGGUGGAGAGAUGAUGAUGAGGUUCAGGGACCCGCUUGGUGUGCCGUUUCUGCUGACGUACUCGGAUGGCCUCCUGCGAGACAUUCGGUAUAUGGUGGCCGAGGACACCCGAGGUGGACAUCGGAGGCCGGGACAGACGGAGGAGACGCGCCCGGGACAUCAGGACGGUUUGUCUACUGAGGUGGAGGGCCCAUGUGGCGGUGAGCGAGUUGCAGGGUGCUCUGCAUCGCAGGGUGACGUGACCGGGCCCAGCAAGACAGUGAUGUCCCACAGCCCGAGGAAGGUGAAAACGGUUGUGUCGAGGCCGCGGAAGGGGAAGACGGCUGGUGACAAGCAAAAGAAGAACCCCCGGCCUGUGCCACAGACCGGUAACAAUGCAGAUGCGCCUGCACGGGUCCACAUACGCCGCAGACACCCCGGGAUGACAGCUUUGACAAAGAUCAGGAAGCUGCAACGGUCCACCGACCUUUGUAUCCCUUUCAGGCCCUUCUUGCGCGUCGUCCGCGAGGUGAUGGAGAAGGACAUUACCCCUAAUAAGGGCCUGAGGUUCCAGAUGACGGCUGUGCGUUCUUUGAUGGAGGCUGUAGAGGCUUACCUGGUCGCCAACUUCGAGAACACAAACGAAGUGGCGAUCCACUCGAAGAGGGGAUGGGACAUGCUUGUUGAAGGGGCGAACGACGAGUUGAAGAGGGGUGCUGCAGAAACACUAGUGCUGUCCAGAAUCAAGGACAUGACACAAACACCGCCCCAGGACUUUCAAGAGCUUCCCGUGAUUGUUGCAGACGGUGUGGAAUAUGUUCUGCUUGAUCAGCUAUGUGACCUCAUGAACAAGACAGAGGACGACAGGAACGUCAUUCAUGAGGCCUUGCACGAAGUCACAGAGUACGCCAUGCAAGGUCGAGAUCUCAUUGAUUUUGUGCUGGCGUCAGCAGGAGAGGAGAUYAUUAGUGGCAGACCAUUGUGGGGGGGCUUGUUGGGUUGUGCUCUGGAGCGGCUUGGUCUUGCAACCUGCGAUGUUGAGAGACAGAGAGAAAGGGAAGAGGGUUGGAGGCUGAUUGUCAGCGAAACAAGGUUACCGGUCAUUGAAGAAAUCGGGGAGACAUCAGCAGCACAAGAUACGAGUGGGACGAUGGUGCUCGACGUGUUUACCAUGCACACAUCAACGACAGAGGACUUGGUGUAUAUGGACAUGUGCGAGGGUUUCUUCUUAGGGGAACAACAGUUGGCAGAGCGCAGAGACGAUGCAGAGCACAUAGAUGAUGCAGAGGAGCAGGAGAAUGAUGCUGCCCACGACCCGGGACCAUCCAACAUAGGYGCAGCCAAUCUCGUUGGUGAUGAGAGCGAGGACGCGGGGGCGGAGGACGACGCGAAUGGGGCAGCCGGUGAUAACGCAGAGCCGGCAGCGCAACCCGUCGAGCCUUUUGACAGCUCGCGCAGGCUAGCAGCGCUUAUUUUCUCCGCCAGGGGCGGCGUCGGUAUGUCACAUACGGACGUUCAUGCUCUCUUGUCACUUCUCAAAGACCCGAGAUUCAACGCGACGGACAUUGCGUACUGCAACAGUCGAGAGUGCUUCGCAUGGGCAAGCAGUCUAGCAGAGGCCGUUGGGUGGAAGGAGUUGGAUCUGCGUAAUGACGACUGGCCUCGAGAAGCGCACGCCGUCUUGUGGCACCGCGAUUGGCGAACUGCAUUCUUAUCGAUAAUGCACGUCGCGUUGCAGAAAUGCGAGACGGUUCAUUCCCUCGAGGUGUCCCCGCCGUCGGAGGACAACAGUGUAUCCGUGGAGACAAUCGAUAUUAGAGGGUCUGAUGACAGGCAUAGCGGAUCCCAAGUGGAAGAAGAGGAGGAACACGACCGUUCCGCGCCAGAGAAGUCAGAUGGUGCGGAGGACGAGGAGCCAGGAAACGAGGGAAACGACAGCGAUUCUUUCCGUAGACAAUCGCAAGACACUGAUGAGGACGACGACAGCGACGGCAAGUCGGCCAGCGAGAGAACAAGCGAAGACCAAAGCGCCGCUUCGGAAAGAGGUGGUUCGCCAUUUCCUUCGAGGACGCUGCGCAGAGAAGGAGACGGGCAGGCAUGCAAUGGCAGCGACACUGAGGAGCGUGUCGGUGACAGACAAAUCGUACAGCACGUCAGCGCCGCCGGAAAAGAGGACGCGUUUUUCGCGGCGGUGCAAGCGACGACGAAACUGGCAGGGGAGACAGCAGAGGAAGGGCUGCGGUCUCACAUAGCAGAGUGCGGGAUUCGAGUUGUCAUAAGGGAAUGCAACAGAAUGAUGACAACGAUCCGCGGAGAGAUUACAUGGCAGCUGAAACAUUGGUUUUGGGCUGAAAAACGGAUUCCGCUCAUCAGAUCACAGCAAACGGACCACCACCUCCCCGCUCGCAACAAGAUGCGCACCGAGAUGAAGGAGAACAAGACGUGGAGACGGAGCGGCGACGAUCCGUGGGGCGCCCCCGCCUUCAAAACGGCACUCUUAAAAGUUUUUCAGAUGAGGAAGGAAGGCCGGAACCUGGGCGUGACCCUGCAGCAACUGGCUUUUGCGGAGAUGGUCAUUCAAUGUGAGAUAGAACAGACAACGAAGACGACACGAGUUGCGGAGCAGAUAGAAAAAUUGGUAUCUAUAAAGCAGGCAAUCGUCUCAUCUCUCCGUAGCCGAGACACGGUAAUGAGUUUUUCCGUCUUCAAGCUGGACCGUUCCAUAUCCGUGGCUGAGAAGGCAACAACGCUCUUUCACUCUGGCACGCCGUCUGUCCACAGGCCUGGGUCUCCAAGCACCACAAUAACGGAUGACGAUUACGACAUCGAGUUCAUUCUCCCUCAGAGUACAGCAGCCGGAAACGGGGACAGGCGCACUUGUGUUUUGUCAUCUUUGUCAAGUUGUGCGAUUGAGUGGUGUGUACGGCUGACUCUGUAAUGGUAACAUAACACGACAAUUUGUUUUGUCAAGU